CCUUGCCCAUACUAGACCGGGUAUUGCGCAGAGAGAAAGAGAGAGAGAGAGAGAGAGAGAUAGACCGCAUGAUGAUCGCCGGCGAAACUAUUCGUCCGCAUCCCACCGUCCAAGUCCCCCCGUGGGACCCCCUCGACGAUCCAACGGCCAGCAUCGCCUCCCCCGUCAACCUCGACGCCCUGGCGGCGCUCUACCGUUAUCUUCCAUCAAACAGCAAUAACUACCUCUCCGACGGCGAUUACCUGAGCGACGAUUGCGACGUUCCGGUCGACGCCUUCUCGUGCGAUAACUUCCGGAUGUUCGAGUUCAAGGUGCGGAAAUGCGUUCGUGGACGCUCUCACGACUGGACGGAGUGCCCGUACGCCCAUCCCGGCGAGAAGGCCCGCCGCCGGGACCCACGUAAGUUCCAUUACGGCGGCACGGCGUGCCCUGAGUUUCGCAAGGGCCAGUGCCGGAAAGGCGACUCCUGCGAGUUCGCUCACGGCGUGUUCGAGUGUUGGCUCCACCCGGCUCGCUACCGGACACAGCCCUGCAAGGAUGGGACUCAGUGCCGCCGGCGAGUCUGCUUCUUCGCCCACACGCCGGACCAGCUCCGAAUCGUGCCGCAGAGCAGUGCCGGAGUGAGCGACUCGUAUGAUGGGUCCCCCAGUCGACUUGGUUUCGGCUCCUGUUUGGGCCUUUACUCUCCUCCGGUGUCGCCUUCAUCGGAAUCGCCGCCGAUGUCUCCGACUGAGUCGGUCGGGAUGAACCCCGUGAGCGGACUUGCCGAGUCGAUGCGGAACCUGCAGGUUGGGAAGACCAGGCCUUCAUGGGGACUCCAAACGGGUUCCGGAUACUGCUCGCCCCGAAGUCCGUCCACUUUCCGACCCGGAUUCCUAAGCCUUCCCGUAACUCCAACCCGGCCGACGAACCGGGCCGGACUCGGGGUGUUCGAUCUCUGGGACCAGAAAUGCGAAGAGGAGCCCGUAAUGGAGCGGGUGGAGUCCGGGAAAGGCCUGCGCGCCAAGAUAUACGCCAAGCUGAGCAAGGAGAACUCGCUCGAUCGAGUCGAGCCAGCUCCUCCGGGGCCUGAUUUCGGGUGGGUUUCCGAGCUGGUGAAGUGACUGAACAUGGCGAUAUCGGGUAAUGAUUUAUUGUUUUGGGUUGGGGUCGGCGGCCUUUGAAUUCUUCUUGGAGACGUGUAAAUAGCAGUAUUUGGCUUGGAAGCACAGAUUAAAUUUAUGUAAAUACUGGCGAUGAAGGAAAGAGAUGAAUGAAGCAUUAAUCUCUAUUUUGUAGCGGUUUUUCCUCGGAAAAUGGAAUCGCAAAUUUUGUGUAUAAACUGUAAGGGAAGGGGGAAGGGAAGGAAGGGGAUUUAAAGAGGCUGCCGAAGCAAGCAAGCAAGCAAGCUGGGUAACGUUUUGUUUUGUUGGAUUCUUCAUUUGUAUUUUGCCUGCGAAUUUUCUCGAGAAAGUGUUGGAUCUCUGUGAUGAUCUGUAAGCUGCUGCUCAUUAAUGUAAUAUAUAGUUUCUUCUUCUUCUUA